GGGCGAAACCAAGUGUGAGGGGAGGACAGAAAGGCGCGCGCGCAGGAGUCGCCCGCUCCACCACAUCCACGCUCUCCAUAGCCCACGGCCACCCCUCCUGCGCCGCCGCAAUAUGGCCUGGUCGGGGCGAGGGCGGGGUGCGGGGACUUGAAGCGCCUGCCUUUGAGUUGAAGGCGGGAAAAUGGCGGAUACUUCGGGGCGCGGUGCUGGGAAGCCUUCAUCAGGGGGUCCCAGUACUCCUAGUGGUGCUAAGAUAAAAGGAAGAAGAAUACAAGGUGGAAGAGUGGUUGAGUCCCGGUAUUUACAGUAUGAGAAGAAAACCACCAAAAAGGCUCCUGCAACAGAUGCAUUAAAGACCAGUGGGAAGAUGCCGGAAGGUGGACGGAAGCCCAACCCACUCCAGAAAAGCAAAGAUAGCAGUGGAGUCGGCAAAGGCGACCUGCAGUCCACCUUGCUGGAAGGGCACGGCACCGCCCCGCCUGACCUGGAUCUCUCGGCCAUCAAUGACAAAAGUGUGGUCCGAAAGACUCCACAAUUAGAAAAAACAAUGUCCAAGAAAGCUGAGUCUUCGUCAUUUUCUGCCUGUACGAAAAAGAGCCCCGAUCUCUCCGAAGCGAUGGAAAUGAUGGAAUCCCAGACGCUCCUCUUGACUCUGCUGACCACGAAGAUGGAGAACGGUCUCGCUGCGUUUGAAGAAAAGGCAGAAAGGAAUUUAUUAAUAAUGUGCCAAGAGAAGGAGACGCUGCAGAAAAAGGCGCAUGAGCUGAAGUGCAAACUUCUCCUUGGUCAGAAGAAGCGGGAGCUGGCGGAAGUCCUCGACACACAGAUCGAGAUGCUCAGCCCGUACGAGGCUGUGGCUGGCCGCUUUAAGGAGCAGUACAAGACGUUUGCGACAGCCUUGGACACCACGAGGCAUGAGCUGCCAGUGAGAUCGGUCCACCUGGACGGAGAUGGGCAGCAGUUCUUAGAUGAGUUGCAGCGGGAAUUGACGACCACCUGCCAUCUGCUGGGGGAACUUGGCAUUGGCAACUCGGAAGAAAACGAGAAAGCGUUGGACCUGCUGAGUGAACUCAGGGAAAUGACCCAAAGGAAGGAUCUGGAGCUCCGAAGGAGCUUUGCCCUUGUUCUGGAACUCUCCGCCGAGGCAAGUAAAGAGGCAGCCUUAGUCAACCAGGAGGUCUGGGAAGAGGCCCAGGGUGCUGAGGCCCCCAGCCGGUGGUAUUUCAAUCCAGAAGAGGCUACUUGUAGGGAAACUCGGGGAGAACUCUGGAGCCGACUCUUCCGGGGAGACGACCAGCCGUGAAUCCAUGCGCAUAUGGUGUCCCAAACCCACAUGGAGGCCUUCCUGCAAGCCGUCAGGCUGAAAACAUGUCGGUGCCCCUUGUUUGGGGGGAGAUCUGCAGUGACCCCCACGUGAGGUUCUGGAAACUUAAGCACUUUAUACACUUAGUCUAGCAGUAGAACUAUUUUUGUAUGAUUACCUUGUUUGAUAUUAAAAAAAAUAAAACUGUUUUGCAAUUGAA